UGUGACGGUGCUGCCGUUGACUCGGUGUUGAGGCGAAUGGUUAUGCAUUUCAGACUUGAGUUAAAUCUGCUGUUCAUCAUAUACUGUAUGACGUAAAUUGUUCCCACUCAAAUGUUCCUUGGGCCUUAUUGAAAUGCUAAUACAGUGUCAUACUGGGGCCAGGUUAUCACAGUUUCAGAGUGGAAGUUUUAGAACAAUUUUAUGUGUAAAGUGGUCCAAACAGAUGAGAAAUCCAACCUUAUGAAAGCAACAGAAGAUUCACAGCAGCCAUCAGACCCAGGAGGGAAUGAAAACAAUGAGAAAACAAAGAGUGAUGAAAACCACUGUAAAACAAACUCAGAUUCCACAAAACCCAGUGACCAUGAUCAUGUAGAGACUGUAGACUUUAAAAUUGUAUACAAUAAACAAAAAUAUGAUGUAACGUUUCCAACCCAUGAAACGGUUGCUAAAUUAAAGGCACAUGUGCAGACACUCACAGGUGUUCCAUCUGCAAUGCAGAAAAUUAUGUAUAAAGGUCUCGCAAAGGAUGAAUCCACAUUAAAAGAUUUAAAAGUAACCAAAGGAGCUAAGAUCAUGGUGGUGGGAUCCACAUUAAAUGAUGUGCUAUCAGUCAGUAAGCCCUCCCCACAAGAACUGCAAGAGGCUGCCAAGGCUUCAGCAGCUACAAAGGAACCCCUGUCCCAGCAGAAGGAACACAAAAGAGUUCUGGAUAAGCAUGGUAAACCCGAUGAUGUUCCAGUUGGCAUAAAAAAUAUGAAGGAGCCACUGCCCCAUACUCCUUUAUCCGGAAUGUACAACAAAUCGGGUGGGAAGGUACGACUUACCUUUAAAUUGGAAGUCGACCAGCUUUGGCUGGGAACAAAAGAAAGAACUGAAAAAAUUCCAAUGAAUUCCAUCAAAGCUGUAGUCAGUGAAGCUAUAAAAGACCAUGAAGAAUAUCAUAUGCUGGGUAUACAGUUAGGACCCACGGAAGCCUCCCGGUACUGGAUAUACUGGGUACCAGCACAGUACGUGGAUGCAAUCAAAGAUACCAUUCUUGGAAAAUGGCAGUAUUUCUGACCUGUGUUCAUAUCAGCAGCCAUAGGGUCUCGUGCUUUCCCCCUAAACAGCUCAAUCGUACAGGAUGAAAAUGAAUUCUCCAAUGUGUAUUUACCAAUGAUUUUACAAAUGAAACACACACUGUGUUAAAUUGUUUUAAAGCUUGAUGAUGUAAAUAUGUGCGGGUGUUUUGCACAAUGUUUGCUAGUCCUUACCAGACUACAAUCUCAGUAAAUGUGAUAUAUUUGAGUGUAUUAAUUUAAUUGGUAUUAGAUGUUAGUGAUGCAUGGUUCAAGACUGGGUUUUUAGUUUUCACAUGUUUAUCGCAUUAAUUUAAAACUUCAAACAUGUACAAUUUAAAAAGAAAAGACUAUUCAUUCCAAA